AUGGACCAGUUCAUGCGCAAGAGGAUCGAGGCGAUCCGCGGGCAGAUCCUCAGCAAGCUGAAGCUCACCAGCCCCCCGGAGGACUACCCGGAGCCCGAGGACGUGCCCCCGGAGGUCAUCGCCAUCUACAACAGCACCCGCGACCUGCUGCAGGAGAAGGCCGGCCGCCGCGCCGCCGCCUGCGAGCGGGAGCGCAGCGACGAGGAGUACUACGCCAAGGAGAUCUACAAGAUCGACAUGCCGCCCUUCUUCCCCUCCGAAACUGUCUGUCCAGUUGUCACAACACCCUCUGGCUCAGCGGGCAGCUUGUGUGCCCGGCAGUCCCAGGUGCUCUGUGGGUACCUUGAUGCCAUCCCGCCCACAUUGUAUAGACCCUACUUCAGAAUCGUCCGCUUUGACGUCUCGGCCAUGGAAAAGAAUGCUUCCAAUUUGGUGAAGGCGGAGUUCAGAGUCUUCCGUCUACAGAACCCCAAAGCCAGGGUGCCCGAACAGCGGAUCGAACUGUACCAGAUUCUCAAAUCCAAGGAUUUGACGUCUCCAACCCAGCGCUACAUCGACAGCAAAGUGGUGAAAACAAGAGCGGAAGGGGAAUGGCUUUCCUUCGAUGUGACCGAUGCUGUUCACGAGUGGCUCCACCACAAAGACAGGAACCUGGGAUUUAAAAUCAGUUUACACUGCCCCUGCUGCACCUUUGUGCCGUCCAAUAACUACAUCAUCCCCAAUAAAAGUGAAGAACUAGAAGCGAGAUUUGCAGGUAUUGAUGGCACCUCCACAUAUACCAGUGGUGAUCAGAGAACUAUAAAGUCCACUAGGAAAAAAAACAGUGGGAAGACCCCACAUCUCCUGCUAAUGUUGUUACCCUCCUACAGACUGGAGUCACAACAGUCCAACCGGCGGAAGAAGCGUGCUCUAGACGCAGCCUACUGCUUUAGAAAUGUGCAGGAUAAUUGCUGCCUGCGUCCACUUUACAUUGAUUUCAAGAGGGAUCUUGGGUGGAAAUGGAUCCAUGAACCCAAAGGGUACAAUGCCAACUUCUGUGCUGGGGCAUGCCCGUAUUUAUGGAGUUCAGAUACUCAGCACAGCAGGGUUCUCAGCUUAUAUAACACCAUCAACCCAGAGGCAUCCGCCUCUCCUUGCUGCGUGUCCCAAGACUUGGAACCUCUCACCAUCCUCUAUUACAUUGGCAAGACCCCCAAGAUCGAACAGCUGUCCAACAUGAUAGUGAAGUCUUGCAAAUGCAGCUAA